AUGAACUUCCCCACCACCCUGGAGCUGUCCAUCGGCGACAUCCGCAUGCCGUUCUCCGAUGACAUCAAGUACAGCAUCCUGGGGAUUUCUGUCCUCCUAUUGGCUGUGGCCUUAGGUAUACUGGCGUGGCAGGUGUACCGGUACUGCACACAGAAACCCAGAUGGCUGAAGCAGUGGAACAGCUUGCUGAGCAGAGAGGACGGGCCUACGCAGGAAGCGGUCUACGGUUCGAACGUCCAGAGGCCCGAGGCGAAAUCGAAGCCGCAAGCGGUGGAGAACCUGCUUGAAGACGCCUCUAGGCCCAGCCAACACCUCACCCCUGAAGACUCUGGUGGGGUUGGUGGCCUCCUCACCCCUGAAGACUCUGACAGUGUUACCGGUCUCCCCUCCCCUGAAGACUCAGACAGGUCUAGGGGUCUCCCCUCCCCUGAAAAUUUGGGUGGGGUUGGCGAUCUCCCCUCCCCCUGUUCGCCCCAGGAGGGGGAGCAGGCCCAGGCCCAGGGCUCCCUGUGCUUCUCCCUCCAGUACGACCAGCUCCAGGCCCGGCUGCAGCUGACGGUGCUGGGGGCCCGGGGCCUCGGGGCGACGGGCUCCAGCGGGAGCAUGGACCCCCUGGUCAGGGUGCGGCUCCUGCGGGCGGGGCCCAAGGACACGCCCACCUCGCCCCCGCUGCACUGCGUGCUGCGGGAGUGGCAGACGCGCGCGGUGACGGACAGCUCUAACCCCGCCUUCGGGGACCAGUUCUCCUGCUCGCUGCCGGAGCGGGACCUCGCGCACGUCACCGUCCGGCUGGAGGUGAGAGACUCCAAUAAGCAUUCCAGGCAUGAAAUUCUGGGAGAAGUUCGAGCUCAUUUGGGCGGCCUGGACCUGUCCUACCCCCUGGAGAUCCAAGAGGACUUACAGCCAGCUAAGAAGGAUCAGGUAGGAGAGGUGCUCCUGUCUCUGAAAUACCUGCCAACCUCUCAGAGGCUGGAAGUGGGACUCCUGAAGGUCAGAACACUCUCACAGUCCCCAAACAAGCACAGAGCUCUAUACGCUCGCACAUCCGUCGUCUGCAACAGGUGCAACCUCCGGCACCAGAAGACGACCCACAAGACCAGGUGGGAGAUGACGGUCUUCAACGAGGUCAUGACCUUUGCCCUGCCCGGCCCCCAAGUCACCGAGUGCUCCGUUGUGGUCUCCGUGUACGAGGUGGGCGGGGGCAAGAGGUCAUCCAAGCGCCUGAUUGGCCAGGCCAGCCUAAAGAAGGGGAAGAGGGCAGAGGAUGAGCACUGGAGCCUGAUGAUGCAUUCGCUCCGUCAGCCAGUCGCUAAGUGGCACCUGCUGCUCAUUUGAAGCCUCAGCCAAAGGGAGCACAAGGCAUAACCUGCACUGACUGGGCAGGUCUGGCUCACCUGUGUCCAUUGGGGGACCCAUGCUACUGUGUACUGGCGCAACAGCCAAUCAGAGCACAGCAGCUGCAUUCAGAUUCAGGAAGUGUGCAGGUGUCUGCAGCAAAACUGUCUAAACUGGCUGCUGAUUGGUCAGGUGCAGAAUCAGGUCCAAGCCUCAAUAAUUCUGGACACAUUCAUUUUGGCUCUGGUCACUCCCAUUUCUCUUCCUCUCAUCACCCAUUGGUAGUCCUGCCUGCCAAUCGCCCUACAAGACCAAGGCGGAUUUGCAUUUCUGACACUCACUGCUGCCUGAAGACCGGAUUGGUCAAAACGCAUCGCUGCAAAUUGCAUUGGGGGAGGCAAACUUAGUCCACACCAGGGGGUUAGGGGCAAACAUAGUCCACACCCAUCCUGUCUACACUGUUUCCCUGUCCUACUGCAGUCAUUGAAAACAUGUGUACAAGCACUUCCAUGUUUUAAAUGUAUUUUUUAACAAUGAAGGUUUGGCAUUUUGCCAUUUAUUUUGUCUUCAAAUUCAUGGUUUACGUUCAGCAAAACAAAUUCCUGACAGGAAUUAGGACCCCGGUGCCGGAGGGCUGGUGUACAUGCAGGUUUUGGUUUCCACCGAUUACCCUGAUUUAACGAGCUAAUUGGCUGUAAUCACCAACACUGGUUCACUCAAAGACUAGAUCACAGAACUGUCUUUGGUUGUCAUUCACGCUCUUACUAGAAAUGUAGUUGGAAAUGUCAGAUGGCGUGAAUGUUGGGGCUGAUAAAAUAAACAAGGCCAGAAGUUGGCAUAAAAACCAGAAA